AUGUCGAGCCUGUCAAGUGUUGUCCAAGGCUUGGACGGCAUCACCUCACGUCUCGCAGACCUCGCCGACAACCCCGACAUCCCUUACGAGAGACUCGUCAUCAGCCUCAGCGCCGUCACCACUAUCUGGGAGCUCUAUGUCUCGAGCCGUCAGAUGAAGUGUUACUCGAUCCCUCUGCCACCGCCGGAGCUCCAGCAUCAUCUCAAGAAGGAGACGUACGACAAGGCACAGGCGUACGGCAAGGACAAGCUCACCUUCAAUGUCCGCCAGACCAUGUUCAACUUUGUUCUUGGCGUUGUUGUCAUCAAGACGCGCCUGCUUCCCCAUGCGUGGGACUGGACUGCAAGCUUCAUGGACCUUGUUGGGCUUGACCAGAGCCGCGUCAUCACCCACUCUCUCCUCUGGAUCACGGCCACGUCGCUGGUCAGCGUCAUUCCCAACCUCUUCUGGACUUACCACUUCACGUUCGUCAUCGAGGAGAAGCACGGCUUUAAUAAGACCACCAAGAAGCUCUGGAUUACCGACCAGAUCAAGACGUUUGCCAUUGCAAUCGUGCUCGGCCUUCCUUUCCUCGCUGGAUUCCUCAAGGUCAUCGAGAUGGCGGGCAAGAACUUUGUCCCUUGGCUAAUGCUGUUCAUGAUCUCGGUCCAGCUUAUCCUCCAGAUCAUCUACCCUAUUUUCAUCCAGCCACUCUUUAACAAGCUCACCCCCCUUCCGGAAGGCGACGUCCGCCAGCGCGUCGAGAAGCUCGCCAACAAGCUUCAAUUCCCUCUCAAACACCUCUACGUGAUCGACGGCAGCAAGCGCUCGUCGCACUCAAAUGCCUACUUCUACGGCCUCCCGUGGUCGAAGCAGAUCGUGCUGUACGACACACUGCUGGACCAGAACACGCCCCCCGAGGUUGAAGCGGUCCUCGCUCACGAGCUCGGCCACUGGAAGUUCUGGCACCCGGCGCGUCUCCUCCUAAUCGCGCAGAGCAACCUGCUGUGGACGCUCGGUCUCUUCGCAGUCUUUAUCCACAACAAGUCGCUUUUUGCGUCAUUUGGCUUUGACCCGCGCCUUGCCGUCGGGUCGCCUGUUGGUGGGCCCCAACCCAUCCUCAUCGGGUUCACGUUGUACCAGCUCCUCUUUGAGCCCCUCGACACUUUCGUUAAGUUCUUCAUCAACUCGAAGACGCGCAAGUACGAGUACCAGGCCGACCAGUUUGCGAUGGGCCUCGGACACGCCAAGGACCUCGGCGCCGCACUCAUCAAACUGCACAUUGAGAACCUCUCGUCGCCGCACAGCGACAAGCUCUUCUCCAAGUACCACCACUCGCACCCCACCCUGCCCGAGCGUCUGCGCGCGAUGAACGAGUACAAGGGUGGUGACUGGCUCUCAAAGAACCAGUCGUCCAAGGUCGAGGAGAUCAAGGCGAAGGAGAAGAAGGAGCUGUAG